AUGUAUAAAAUAAAAUCGACAUACAUACCAUCGAUUUUUAUUGCUAAAAACACGAGUCUGCGCCCACUUCCCACCCCAAGUUCAGAAACAAAAUUUUAUCAUUUCUUUUCUGCAUUCAGAAACACAAUUUCAGACCACUUCACGGUUGCGCCACCAUCACUCAGUUUGCUCGCGCCGCCACUGUCGCUCCUCUUGCUCGCGCCACCACUGUCGCUCCUCUUGCUGGCGCUGCCUGUCGCUCCGUUGCUGCCGUGCCACACAGUCGCUCCUUCUCUCUGUUGCCGUCGUAGCUCCUCCUACUUUGGUCCUUCUCCGCUCUCUCUCAAUCGAACUCACAAAAACCAGGUUGCUUGGUGGCUUUACAUUGGAAGAUUGUUGGUAGGGUGUGGGAUGGGCCUUCUAUCUUUUGUGGUUCCAGUUUAUGUAGCAGAAGUAACACCGAAGAAUCUCCGAGGAGGAUUCACCACGGUUCAUCAGCUUAUGAUUUGUUGUGGGGUAUCAUUAACUUAUCUUAUUGGAGCAUUCUUGAAUUGGAGGAUUUUGGCUCUGAUAGGAAUCAUUCCUUGUAGUGCACAGGUUCUGAGUCUACCCUUCAUUCCUGAGUCUCCUAGGUGGCUGGCAAAGGUUGGUCACUUGGCGGGGAACGAAAAUUCUUUAUAGCGCCUUAGGGGAGAGAAUGCCAAUGUUUCUCAAGAGGCCACUGAAAUUAGAGUAUAUAACAAGCGUUUGUUCAUUCGAGUGCUAAACUCGUGUGUUACAAUCUAUCUAGAAAGCAGAAGAAGCAAGGAAAAA